AUCAUGAGAAAAAAGGUUUCUUAUGUUUUCACAUUCUUCUGUUUUGAAUAUGAAUUUCUAUAUCUAUUUAUUACAUAAAAUGCAUUCAAAACAGAAAUUUAUUUUAAUUGUUAUCAUAACAUUAUUUUUUGGAGUUAUAUUUGGAUUGCUUAAACUAAGUUUUGAUUUAGUCGGAUCUAAGAAAGUUGAUCACCAUUCCAAAGCGUCAAUACAAUAUUUUGAUGUCUAUAAACGCUUGUAUAAUAUACAACUGUCCAGGAACCUAACUAUUUCUACAUAUCCUGGCGCUUUGUGUGAUACAAAUGUGACACUUUUUGUGUUUAUUGUGUCUGCCCCACAAAACAUCUUAGCUCGCGAAGCAAUUAGAAAUACAUGGGGCACAGAAUGUACAAAUUCGCACAAAGAUGCCAGAUGUGUUUUCGUCGUUGGGCGGAGUCGAAACAAAUUACUGAAUCGCUACAUUUUGGAAGAAUCUGAUGUCAAUAGAGAUAUCCUGAUUGUGCCGUCUUAUGAUGUAUAUUCGAAUUUAACCUUCAAAACAAUGUUUGCCUUACAAUGGAGUAAAAUGUAUUGUAAUGGAAAAGUAAAGUUUCUCAUGAAAACAGACGACGACAUGUUUGUAAGUGUUACAAGGCUGACUGCGUACUUAAACAAUGCGCCAAAACAAAGGCUGUUUAUAGGGAUAUGUUGGGGGCCAGCUAAGCCAAUUCGGAAUAAGAGUUCUAAAUGGUAUGUUACUUGGAAACAGUACAAUCACACAUAUUUUCCUAAAGUUUGCAGCGGGACUGGAUAUGUUAUGUCUUACGACGUUGCACUUUCUGUCGUUCAAAUAUCAAGUACAGUUCCUUUUUUGUAUUUAGAAGACGUCUUCGUUGCCAUUUGCGCUUAUAGGCAAGGAAUAAUUCCAAAGAACGUGCCGGGAUUUUAUAACUCAAAAAUAGCUCUAAAAUCAUGCAAAGACGGCCACAAGGUUUUUACGUCACAUGGACUUUCAGUAUCAGAAAUGUAUGAUGUAUGGAAGAAUAUCGAAAAUUGUAGUCCUACUGAAAUAGAUAAAAAAAAAUCAUAAACUGGAUUUUUAUUCAACACUCGGAUUUGUGGUAACAUUUACAUAAUAACACAUAUAUUGUGAUGCAAUAAGUAUUUCAUUAUUAAAAAAUGUUUAUAUAUUGAACUGAAUUCUAGUUUAAUAAAAUAAAGAGUGGGAGAAAAAAGACAAUAUAUACAGUGACAAAACGAUAAAGUCUUGGGGCGAUAUCGGUACCUAAAAUCACCGAUUUGUCUGAACCAAUCAACAUCUGUAUGUUCGGGUAAAUGGAUAUUUAUUUGUAAGAUUACAGUUUACAAAAAUUGUGAAGAUUUAAUUUAGUUAUUUGUGUAUUAUAGGCGUUAUAUUUUCCCUUGAGUUUAUGAUAGGCAAUUCAGAAAAUGAAUUCCUUCUGUUUCUUUUUGUAUUAACCAAGUAGUAAUAUACACAUCAAAUUUCGAUUUUUUGAAUUUUAUGUUUAUUCUGUAAAAUUUUGAAAACUGCAAUGUUCUUAAAAAUGGUGGUCAUAAAAAAAGCAC